AUGAAGCGUAAAACACGUAAAAUGCACGAAAACAUAAGGACAACCCACUUUGAUGCGAAAUGUUACGAAUACUUUAGCAAAUUGUACCUUGCGGCUUGCGACUUGCGUCGUAAAGUAAUUGACACGUCAUGGGUCGAAGUAUUGGCGGACAAAGUAUUGGCAUGUAGGGGAGAGAUUUGGAAAGACAUCUGGGUAGCGGUGUCAUUUUGGGCGGGCAAAACUAGUCCUUAUUCAUUAUGGGCAAAAUUCGUCCUAAUUUGUUUUGGACGGGUGAAGUUUAUCGUAAAUCGUUUUGGACGAGCAAAAUUUGUCCCUUUUGGCAAGCAAAAUUAG